AGACAUGCCGCAGUCUUCUGCCGCCUCCAGCUAGCUAUCGGUUCCUUAGUCUAGCUAAUCCUCAUUAUUUAUCAUUUAAAACGUACACGUUGAGAAUUAGUCCGCGCCGCGGUGGUGGUUGUGGGUCGGAAAAGGCUGAGGACACGAAAAUAUCCUGACCUGACCGAAGUGACCGUAUCUUCCUAGCUGUCUUAGUCUUCACAACACGCCACAGCCAUGUCGUUUAUUUUUGACUGGAUCUACAAAGGCUUUAGCGGUGUUCUCCAGUUUCUCGGUCUGUAUAAGAAAUCCGGGAAACUUGUUUUCCUGGGAUUGGACAAUGCCGGAAAGACAACUUUACUUCACAUGCUGAAAGAUGACAGGCUGGGACAACACGUGCCUACGCUACAUCCUACCUCAGAAGAGCUGACGAUUGCUGGAAUGUCGUUUACCACGUUUGAUCUUGGUGGACACUUACAAGCCAGGAGAGUGUGGAAGAACUACCUUCCAGCUGUGAACGGAAUCGUCUUCCUUGUUGAUUGUGCAGAUUAUCAUCGUCUCUCUGAAUCCAAGAUUGAACUGGAUGCAUUGCUGGCAGACGAGACCAUAUCGAACGUGCCUGUCUUGGUGCUGGGGAAUAAAAUCGAUCGCCCAGAAGCAUUGAGUGAAGUCAAGCUACGGGAGCUCUUUGCUCUGAAUGGACAGACCACUGGAAAGGGAAUCGUGUCCUUGAAGGAGCUAAAUGCACGGCCAUUGGAAGUCUUCAUGUGCAGUGUGCUAAAGAAACAAGGCUAUGGAGAAGGGUUCAGAUGGCUUUCACAGUACAUUGAUUGAGUAAACAGAGGUUUCUGCUUUAAAGGACUCCUACCUCUGAGUGAUGAACUUUAACAAAAGAGAGACUGAGAUUGUGAUAAAGGACUAAGGAAGAACCUGGUGUAUUAGUAUAAGAAAUGGUUUUUAAAACACUCGCACACACAUUCCUUUCACCUAGUACAUUCCACUAAAAUUGAUUUUAAGUUAAGUUGUCUGAAGACAUUUACAGUAUUAAAGUAUUUAACACUGCAUUUUGGGCCUGAAAGCUAUUCAUCUCUCUCUCUCACACACACACACACACACACACACACACACACACACACACACACACACACACACAAAUGUAGGCUGUAUAUAAGCAUAAUGACAGCACUGCAGCUGCAUAUUACACAAAAGGAUCUUAUCCGUUUGAGCCGUAAAGACAUUGAAAUACAAAGUAAGUCCAACGUCUCAAGUACACCCACUGGUUCUGUAUUUAAUGAGCAACUUCAAUAGAUGAACACAAUUUGUAUUAAAACAUCAACAUUUCUGCUCCAUAUGAGUAGUCUGUGUGUGAAAUAGAAGCUUUAUUCUUUUCCAACACAUACACUUGCCUAUUUUCCAUCCUGUCUGUUGCUCUUUAGAAAUGACUCACACAAUAUCUAGUAAUGUGCAAUCUAACCGUAAUAUGACCAACUUCGUUUAUUUCCUGCUAAUCAGCAUAUAUUUAUCUUUAUAUUAGAUCUUAUACAAUCAUAUAUUCGGGUAUAUAUUGUCAUUGUAGAUAAUGUUCAUAUUUUGUCCUAACACAGAUCACCAUAAACAGGUUCUUCACAAGCUGCAGGUAUUUUAUGAAUAUCGACUGAUACGAGAGUAUAUACAGCAGUGAGUAACGUAUGAAUGUGAUUGUCGUCUCUCGUUUUGUUUUGCACACAAUUAUUGUACAUGACAGUCUCUGUCUUUACAGUUCAUAACCUUGACAAGAAUGCGCAGAUAUUUAACAUAAUUCAUUGUGUUAAAAAAAACAUCAGCGAUAAAUAUUUUAAAUAUUCUGA